AUGUCGGCUGGGUGGACUAAUUACUCGGUUGGCAAUGGCAGCCAAGCAGGCGAGGACGAUGGCCCCGUCUCGGUAGGGGGUGACACUCCUGCGUGUGUUAGCUGCAAGCAACGCAAGCUGCGAUGCUCGCGCGAGACACCCUCGUGCUCGCAUUGCCUGAGGUUGUCUUCCGAAUGUGUCUAUCAGCCAAAGAACAAGCCUGGCCUUAAACCCGGAGCUGUUGAGGCGUUGACCCGCCGCGUUGCUUUUCUGGAGAGGAUACUUUUGGAUGACGCUGGAAACAUCCGACCCCGGUAUAGAGAAGAUGAUGUUGCGACCAAUGGGCAUACAGUCGCCCAUGCAGGACCUGAUACCGUAAAAGAGAGUCCUGCGCCUCGUGUUGAAGAGCCACCACAAUGUGUUGCGCCUACUCCCAAGUUCAACCACAUUCAACAAUCCACCAAGGAUCGAUCAACAGGCCUUGAAGAAGAGAGCGGUGCGAUCAACCCGUUGAAACGAAGACAUGAGAUGCCAAUUGCUGAGAGCUGGCUUCUGCCCUUUGAAGACGUUGAUAUUGCACAAUACCUGCCAUCUCAACCACUUCUCGAAAAGAUUGCAGACUUCUUCUGUAUCUCAUUUCAUCAUUGGAUCCCGUACAUUCAUAAGGCGAGACUCCAAACACGAGUACGUCAAGGUUGUCAGGAUCCAGGCCAUGUGCUAGUCCUGCAUGCUUUGGUUGCAGUUGCUUUACGGCACAUGGAUCCCAACGUAAUAUAUCUGGACAAUGACCAGAUAGUUCAACAAACAAGGGUGUCACGUAUGAUUGUGGAAACUCAUGCAAUGCGCAAUGUCACCAUCGAAAGUCUACAGGCCCUCAUAUUCCUAGUCUUUGAUCUUCUCAAUGACGGACAAACGCAAAGGGCAUGGCCCUUGAUUGGAUCCCUUACGAGGACUAUCGACUACCUUCAACUUACCACCGAAUCAUCAACAUCACAGUCAGGGUCGCUCAUGACGCCGGUGCGACUAGUGAAACCAUCCAACGAUUGGACGGAAUUGGAGGAAAGGCGGAGACUAUUUUGGAUUAUCUUCCUACUGGAUAGAUUCUGCUCAGUAUCUACUGGAUGGAAUACGAGCCUCACCGCGGACGAUGUGCACCGUCGCUUGCCAGCCGAUGGCGGAUUCUUUACGAGAGAGGAACCAGUGACCACGCCGUACUUCGGUAUCUGGAACAAGGCGGCUGCUCGUAUCGGGCGCUCACUGGCAAACGUCCCUGCGCAAUACAACGACGAGGACUCAGCAAUCGAUCACUUGCCUCAAGGAGCUAGUCCUAAUUCUGCCAACGGCUACAUCGACGCUUCCAAGCUCGGCGCAUUCGCAUAUUGCGUCGAAGCAACCGAAAGUCUAAGUCAAGUGACGACGUUCUUCCUUCAACAACGGAUCAACUGGCAAGACAAGGAGCAUGCGGUCAGUUGGUUGACGCGCUUCAAAGAGCUAGAUCUUAGGCUUGUACAAUGGAAAAUAUUCUUACCACCCAGAUGGAAGGACUCGAACAUCUCGUCAGAUAGGACUGUGGUCGACAUGGAUCCAAACCUUACACUAGCACAUAUCACACAUAACACGUCAAUGAUUCUGCUGCAUCACCCUAUUGGAUACCCACCCCGUGGAUGGAAUGACUUCGUCGCACUGCCGAAAGAAUGUAGCGUUCAGACAUGCGAGCUUGCCGCUGUGGAGUCUUCGAACAUCGUCGACAAGUUCCUUACCCAUACACCUAUACCAUUUGUUAACGUACAGUUCUCGUUCUGUGCAUUCAUCGCCGCCAAGGCGUUACUCUUCGAACACCAGGCCGCUCGUAAACCUUUACGUUCCGAAUUCCACCGCCUGAUCCGCAAUCUCGAGGAGAUGUCGGCAAGAUGGAGGGGGCGGGACACGGAUGAUGCAAAAUCGGAAAACCAAGCUGGAACAUACGCAAAGCACCUUAAGCGCCUACUUGAAGCCUGCCAAAACGACGCCAAUUUCCGAUUCGACUUUUACGACCACAACGGACUCACUCUCGACCCACAAAACCACGCUAGUCCCACGUAUGCGGCUACCCCACAAGCCCGCUCCAGAAGUCUUGCACACGAACGUUCGCUGCUCAGGAAUCAUGGUCGCAACAACAGCUUUAACAGUUCCCAGUCGACUCUUAGUCCCAGACGCAUACCACCAGACAUGAACAGAAACACAGCCAUGCCAUCUCCAGGUACAUACGAGCAGCACCAUCCACGUCUACCGACGGCCCAUGCGAUAUCACCCACCGCACCACCUCCAAUAUAUCAAUCACCACAAGUGCAAGCUAGUUACCCUGGUCACACUCCAUCACAUUAUGCACCAGGCGGCACGCCCGUGCCAGGAUCUGGUCCGUCUCUUGCUCCAUAUGGCGCGGCUGGUACGACGGCGAAUCACCAGAGUGUGCAAGAUCAAUCUCUGCUUAAUCUGUCUGACGCCUUCAUGGACUCUGGUUUCUUGGAUAUGGACCGCGUUAUUACAUUUGAAGAUGCGAAUUUCUUCUUACCAGGCGAUGCGUUUCGUUGGAGUUGA